AUGAUCAAAUUAACAAUUCUGUCGGAAAAAUUGCCCGAACUCACUAGCGAACAAUUCAAACAUGAAUUCCGCGAAGUGCAUGCCAACCAAACGAAAGAUGUUGCGACCAACCUCGGCAUCAUCCUAAAAUAUGUUCAAGGGCUGGCUCUGCCACUAGUCGGCCAGAAAUCGCUGUCCAAUCUACCCCUCAAGGAAGGAAAGGACUGCCAGUCCUUCGCUCAGUUGACAUGGCCAGCCUUAGUGGUGAUGCAAGGCUCCUUUCUAACUGAGGGCUAUCGCAACUCUGCCGGCAAACAUCGCUUUGCAAAUCCCCAAAUGAUCUUCUUGACCGAACAGCUUGGUCAGAUCCAUAACAUAGAGAGCAAAAAUGCCGAUGAGAUCUGCGUUGUGGUUGUGGUUCAGGCAAAGUCCGAAUGCUCAGACUUCGAAGAACGAUGGGCAACACAUGCAUCAUACUGCCUCUCUAUUUGCCCGAAGUACACAAGAAACCGUAACGCUCUCGAAUCGGUACAAUUUUCGCUGGGACGCAAUUCGAUCCCAGCCGAGUAG